AAAUGAUUCGGUCAACAGUUCUCAUCUUGGCAUCCUUUGCUCUUGCAGUCAAUUGCUACGAAUGUAUGAAUAAUACAGUUGUCAUAAAUGCUCCAUCAGAUAUUUCGAAGCCGGUUUUCUAUCCUGAUGGAUGGGAUGGACAGAGCUCAACUCCUCAAAUAUCUGAAAAUCAACAAUGCGUCAUGACUAUCAACGUUCCAACAGGAUAUUAUGCUACUGUUACUUUCUACAAACACUUCACCGAGCCAGGAGGUUAUCUUUACUUCCCGAGUCGUAAAAUUGAAUUGCUCCAGAACGAUGACUACAAUCCGUACAUUUUCCCAUCUCCAAUGGUCAAAAUCAACAUCGGGACGGACAACAGAAAUGAUGUAAUGAAUCAAUUUGGCUUCAAAGUCGUUUAUUCGAAAUACCCCACUCUUGAGAAAAACAUAAUCAAUAUUGAUUUGGGAAGCCCUCCAGUUGCAGCAAAACCGUCGGAAAAACUUACAACAUUUGUUGGAGACAGAAACUCUAUGAUGUCUUUGAUGGGAUUCACAAUGGCCGAUAAUUCCAAGAACUAUCUUCUUCGUCAAACCGCAAUUUUUGGAGGAGACUCAACGGAUUCUACCUACAUCGGAAGUCUCUCACAAAUUUUGAACUCUCAGCAAAUACUCACCACCUACGGAAAUAAGAUUUCGGUAUACACAUUUGGUUUGGAUAAGCUCAUCGAUUAUCCACUGUUCAUGGGUCAGAAUCAGGUGGAUACAAUGGGUCUUUUGAAGUACAAUGGAGCAAAUUGCCCAUCAACUGGAAAUUGCAAUGUGACAUUGAAUGGAAAUUGGGGUGCACAUGUCGUGGUUGUAACAAGUUACGAUGGGCCUGAAACUAUCAAGAGCUUCGAUUCAUUCCCAGAUACUGGUGUCCUUAAUGUCUACGAAAACAAUGUGUCCAACACAACCUGCAUUGCAACUUUGAAUAAAUUCAACUACUUGCAACAACUGCCACUCCAGGUGAAUGGAAACAUGAAAUUCUACGAGUUAAGAGCCGGAGGAGUCUACAAUAUGGUUGUUACUCGGGACACAUCCAGAGCUUCAAGACAUCAAAUUUGAAUUUCUUUUUUUUUAAAUAAAUAUCCUACAUGCAUAAAAAAGUCGCAAAGUAAAUUCAUUGUAAUUAUU